GUUGCACUUCAGUCGACGCCUCUCUUCCCCACGACCUUUUCGCCCCAGAACUCCCUUUUUUCUUUUUCUCACCUACAGUCGUCAUCAUGGCCACUCCCCGCAGCGCUAAGAAGGCUUCCCGCAAGUCGGGCUCGAAGUCCGCCAAGGCCGGUCUGAUCUUCCCGGUCGGCCGCGUCGGCUCGAUCCUGCGCCGCGGCCAGUACGCGCGCCGCAUCGGUGCCGCCGGUGCGGUGUACAUGGCGGCGGUGGUGGAGUACCUGACCGCUGAGCUGCUGGAGCUUUCCGUGAAGGCCGCUGCGCAGAGCGGCAAGAAGCCACGCCGCCUGAGCCCGCGCACCGUGACGAUGGCCGUGCGCCACGACGACGACAUCGGUUCUCUGCUGAAGAACGUGACGGUGUCGCGCGGUGGCGUUGUGCCGAGCAUCAACAAGGCGAUCGCGAAGAAGAAGAGCGGCAAGAAGAGCAAGGCCACGCCGAGCGCCUAAGCGGUUUUUACGUGCGUGCUUUUUAUUACGCUCGCCUACCUACUCCUCUCGCACGUGCUGUGGGUGUGUGCGCGGUGCGUACCACCUACACAAUGCACCUCAUAGAUACACUUAUUUCUCUGUUUGUUAUAUAUUUCUGGCAUUUCUUCUCAUCUGACAUCUCUCUUUCAGGCAAAUGGUGGUGGUAGGUCUCCGCGG